AUGGUUCGUCACAAGAAGGACAAUUUCUCUCGAGGGGGCAAGAAAUCUUCUCACCCCCGCCCGCGACCGGGACCCCGCGAUGAUGGAGAUGAGGCCGGUAUUUCGUCGCGACCUCCCUUCAAGGCUGCUUGCUGGGACAUGGGACAUUGUGACCCCAAGCGAUGCUCUGGAAAGCGCCUGAUGAAGCUCAACUUAAUGCGAGAGCUUCAUAUUGGCCAGCGCUUUGCUGGUGUGAUCGUCUCGCCUAAUGCGAAGAAAAUCAUCUCACCGGCGGAUAAAGAGCUUAUGGAACAACAAGGCGCGGCGGUAGUGGAAUGUUCUUGGGUGCGCGUCAAGGAAGUGCCCUGGUCGCGGAUCGGUGGAAAAUGCGAACGACUCUUGCCCUACCUUAUCGCUGCGAAUACGGUCAACUACGGAAAGCCUUGGCGAUUGAACUGCGCUGAAGCACUAGCGGCCUGCUUCGCCAUUUGCGGACACCUGGAAUGGGCGGAAGAGAUCAUCAAGCCAUUCAGUUACGGACAGGCCUUUUUGGAUAUUAAUGCCGAACUAUUCAAGCUCUACGCCGCUUGCACUGAUGAAGAGGAUAUCAAAAAGACCGAGGAGGCCUGGCUAGCCAAGAUUGAAAAAGAGUACGAGGAUAGUCGUGGAGAGGGAGCGGAGGAUAUGUGGACCGUUGGAAAUACCAAUCGCUUGCCGGCAACCAGGGGAGGUUCGGACGAUGAGGAAGGUGAUAGUGAAAGUGGGGAAGAGGGCAGUGAUGCCGAGGAGGAGAGCGAGGAGGAGGAUAAGGAUCCGUUUGCCAUCUCUGACGACUCCGAAGAUGAAGAACAGAUGGCUGAGAUUAGACGCAAGAUUCUUGAGUCCAAAGCUUUCAAGAAUCCGAGCACUUCGGAUAAAGAACAACCGGAGAGAAUCGCAAAGCCAGAGCCUACAUACGUCGAGUCUGAUGCCGAAUCUGGCUCAGCAGGCAGCGAGGAUGGGGACUUUGACAACAUCAUCAACGCUACUCUGGUGACAGACCGUACUGGAAUUAAGGAGAUUCAGCGCAGAAGAGGGCAGGAGACAGUCAGUGCUUCAUUCUCUCGGGCCGAGAUCUCUGCACCGAAGCGAUGGUAA